AUGUCACAGCGACAGAAAGGUCAGUCAGGUCACAGCGACAAAAAGGUCAGUCAGGUCACAGCGACAGAAAGGUCGGUCAGGUCACAGCGACAGAAAGGUCGGUCAGGUCACAGCGACAGAAAGCUGUGUUGGCCAGAUGGCGAUGAUGACGAUAAUGAUGACGAUAAUGAUGAUGAUAAUAAUGAUGAUAAUGAUGACGAUGAUAAUGAGGGUGUAAAAUAUAGAAUUUCACUGUUAAUUCUACCACAGGUCACUGGUUUAAGACCCCGUGCUUAUUGUGAGGAAAACAAUGGGAUCGAGCAAGAUCAGUCCGAGAUUGUUACAGAUCUACGUGGAUCCACUGACUUCGCCCGUCACUCGCUGCUACCAACUCUGGCCACCACAAUGUAUAUGGCCUCAUCUCUGAAGGUAGAUAUAAACACAGUUCGUAAAAGAAAGAGUCAGUCAACUGUCAGCAGCUACAGACCAGUCGCUGGUUAUGUUUGGAAACCGUCAAGCGUGGCAGCUGACCUGCUGGAUGUGACAGCUGACUUGCCGGAUGUGGCAGCUGACCUGCCGGAUGUGGCAGCUGACCUGCCAGGUGUGACAGCUGACCUGCCGGAUGUGACAGCUGACCUGCCGGAUGUGACAGCUGACCUGCCGGAUGUGACAGCUGACCUGCCGGAUGUGACAGCUGACCUGCCAGGUGUGACAGCUGACCUGCCGGAUGUGACAGCUGACCUGCCGGAUGUGACAGCUGACCUGCCGGAUGUGACAUCUGACCUGCCGGAUGUGACAGCUGACCUGCCGGAUGUGACAGCUGACCUGCCGGAUGUGACAUCUGACCUGCCGGAUGUGACAGCUGACCUGCCGGAUGUGACAGCUGACCUGCCGGAUGUGACAACUGACCUGCCAGGUGUGACAGCUGACCUGCCGGAUGUGACAGCUGACCUGCCGGAUGUGACAGCUGACCUGCCGGAUGUGACAUCUGAACUGCCGGAUGUGACAGCUGACCUGCCGGAUGUGACAGCUGACCUGCCGGAUGUGACAGCUGACCUGCCGGAUGUGACAUCUGACCUGCCGGAUGUGACAGCUGACCUGCCGGAUGUGACAGCUGACCUGCCGGAUGUGACAACUGACCUGCCAGGUGUGACAGCUGACCUGCCGGAUGUGACAGCUGACCUGCCGGAUGUGACAGCUGACCUGCCGGAUGUGACAUCUGACCUGCCGGAUGUGACAGCUGACCUGCCGGAUGUGACAGCUGACCUGCCGGAUGUGACAGCUGACCUGCCGGAUGUGACAUCUGACCUGCCGGAUGUGACAGCUGACCUGCCGGAUGUGACAGCUGACUUGCCGGAUGUGACAGCUGACUUGCCGGAUGUGACAGUUGACCUGCUGGAUGUGACAGCUGACCUGCCGGAUGUGACAGCUGACCUGCCGGAUGUGACAGUUGACCUGCCGGAUGUGACAGCUGACCUGCCGGAUGUGACAGCUGACCUGCCGGAUGUGACAGCUGACCUGCCGGAUGUGACAGCUGACCUGCCGGAUGUGACAGCUGACCUGCCGGGUGUGACAGCUGACCUGCCGGAUGUGACAGCUGACCUGCCGGGUGUGACAGCUGACCUGCCGGAUGUGACAGCUGACCUGCCGGAUGUGACAGUUGACCUGCCGGAUGUGACAGCUGACCUGCCGGAUGUGACAGCUGACCUGCCGGAUGUGACAGUUGACCUGCCGGAUGUGACAGCUGACCUGCCGGAUGUGACAGCUGACCUGCCGGAUGUGACAGCUGACCUGCCGGAUGUGACAGCUGACCUGCCGGAUGUUACAGCUGACCUGCCGGAUGUGACAGCUGACCUGCCGGAUGUGACAGCUGACCUGCCGGGUGUGACAGCUGACCUGCCGGGUGUGACACCUGACCUGCCGGAUGUGACAGCUGACCUGCCGGGUGUGACAGCUGACCUGCCGGGUGUGACAGCUGACCUGCCGGAUGUGACAGCUGACCUGCCGGGUGUGACAGCUGACCUGCCGGGUGUGACAGCUGACCUGCCGGAUGUGACAGCUGACCUGCCGGGUGUGACAGCUGACCUGCCGGAUGUGACAGCUGACCUGCCGGAUGUGGCAGCUGACCUGCCGGAUGUGACAGCUGACCUGCCGGAUGUGACAGCUGACCUGCCGGAUGUGGCAGCUGACCUGCCGGAUGUGGCAGCUGACCUGCCGGAUGUGGCAGCUGACCUGCCGGAUGUCUACCAGACGAAGGACGAGUAG